CUGAGUCACGAAACAUCAGUAAAAUUUUAUUUUUCUACUCAUUGGAAUGUUACAAAUAUAUUAUUUUAUCAAUAACCAUCUACCUAAUACUCAAUUUAUUUAAAAUUAUCAAGUCAAACCUUAGUAAUGCUAUUUAUCUAUUAAAACUUCAAGGAAUUACUCACUAAGCCAUUAAAUUAAAGUAUUUAUCAUGUUUCGAUAAUGUAAAAAGAAGACAAAGAUUAUCAGAACUAUUUGAUAUCACAUUUCACUGUGUUUACCAUUUAAAAUGUAUGGUCAUAUAUACAUAGGGAGGAGAAAUCGUGAUCUCAAAAUUAAGGUGUGUAAACAUGUACCAAAAUGGUUGCAGAAACAAAUAGAAUCAAGUGAUUCAAUAAGAGUAGUGGAUAAACAUCCAUCAUUCUCUAUUGCUAAACAUAUAAUCGAAACAAGCCAUAAGAUUGAUCUUAACUCGGCUUUUGUGGUGUUGUAUGAUCUUCGUCCUCUUAUUACAUUAUCGAAAUUUAUCAAAGGAACUAAUUGAUUUGAAUUUCUCAAAAGAUUCCCUGCACAUAUUUACCAUGUGUUUAGACGGUAUAAUGUUUGAAAUACUUAUUUCUUUGAUUAUCUAAUAAACUGUAGUGAUUCACAUCAGAAAUUAUCACUGAAAUCAUGACAGAAAGUUAAUAGUCUCAUAUUGUGUAUAUUCUUUAUCAUUUCUACUAAUAAAUGAAAAACUACAAAUUUCAUAAGAGAAUAUUCUUAUUUGAGCUGACUGUAUAUUUAAAUCUUUCGAUUUAAAUAGUUCACGUUUAGUCAAACAAUAAAGGGAAUCGAUUUUAGCACUAGCAGUAUUAUUAGAAUGUAACUAACAUCUCUUCACAGUACGUUUUAAAGAUGAUGUAACGAGUGGAGAUUGUACAAGAAAAUCAGUUUGUCAGUUAUUGCAAAAAGUAACAUUUGUAUAUUCUCGCUAAUUGAUAUUUGAAAUCAUAAUGAUACUGUAGCUUGCUGGAUGAUGAUCUCGGAUUGGAAACCAUAGUUGAUGUGUACGAAUCACAGAAUGUCAACGUAAAUUUAAUUAUAGUCAAAUGAAAAUUUAGAAACUGACUACCACUGAAUUUAUAAUUACUCGAUUUUAUUCGGUGAAACUGGAUAUUCUAAGUGUUAAAUAAGAAUUAUAAUUUCAUUAAUUUCCUUCUUCUUCAUAAAUUAUAAAUUUAGUCACUGAAAGCGAACAGAUCAAAUUGUUGAACAAUGAAGACUAUAUGGACAUAAAGGAAACCACAAACAAAAUUCGUUCACAUUUGGACUACCUUCAUAAACAUGAAAGUCAACAUUUAAAGAUUUUGGAAGAAAUUAAAACGUCAUUAGAUUUUAUUAAACAAAAACGUACAACAAAUGAGAUCAUGACAAUACGAUCAUCUGUUAAUUCAAUUGAAACUAUACAAAAAAAUUUUAUUCAUGGAUUAAAAAUUUGUUUACAAAAUGGAGAUAUUAAUUAUAAAAACUUUCUUGAUCCAUUCAAAUUAUUGAUCAAUCGUCAAAUAGAAAUAUCAAACUAUGUUAGCAAAAUAUCAAAACUUCUGAAAAAUUUAAAGCCUGAAAAAUCGGAUACUCUAGAUAGUAAGUCACUGAAUUCAUUUAGACUUCAGGAGCCAACGACUUGGAUUACUCAGACUGUUGAAAAUAUAAAAACUUUAGUUCUGCUACUUGAUACAGAUUCACCUCAUUAUCCUGAACUUCAAAGUAUUUAUAAGAGAUUACUGGAGGAAUCACUGAAUUCAAAUAAUAUUAUAGAAGAUAAGACGACAAAUGAUUCCAAUCGUUUGAUUAUGCAUAGUUUAGUGGUUGAACUUACAUCUAAAACAAAUAGUCGUAAAUUGCGUUACCUAUUCCUGUUUAAAGAUGUACUUAUCUGCGCAAAAAUAAAGUUUACAAUGGGUUCAAGACAAAGGAUAUUACAUGAGAAUUCUUCACUGAGUGAGUCGCGAUUUCGGAGAAAAAGAUCUGGAAAACUUUCUGCUUCUAGCUAUGAGCUCGAGAUUAAGUGGUUUAUUCCAAUGGAAGAAAUGAGUUUGUUAUCUAAUUCAAGAGUUGGGAGUGAUGAUCGAGGUCGACUACAAAACCAAAAAAAUCUAGAUGAACUGAAAGGCAUGGUUCGUAAUUUACGGCAAACAAUGAGUCGUAGUCUAGAGGAUAAACAUUCAUCCAAGAACACAUCUAAAUUAACCAGUCUAAGUAAAUUAGAAGGUAAACUUGUUUUGGAAACACCACAACUCAUAUUACCAGUCUCUGACAAAAGCGGUCGUAUUCAUAAUAUCCUUCUUUCAACUGAGAGAGAACGAACGCACUGGCGAUCCGCUUUAGAACAACUUUUAGAUAAACCGCCUCAUAAUACUGAUAAAUUUUAUUCUGUAAGACGUACUACUCCAGAAAAAAUAAGUACGGAUUAUUUUUCUUCACCUUUGCGAAGCCGCAGUUCUUCGGUUGGAGAUAUUAGCGAACGCCUAAAAAAAUACAAGCACAUGGUUAAAUUAAACGGAGUCGGUCUCUCAAUAAUUGACAAAAAUGAACCGAUAACUGGUUAUAUCAAAGCUACAGUACAUGGGAUUGAUGGAUUGAAUGAGAAAAACAGUUAUCAUGUUCGUAUUGAAGUUGAUUCAUAUGGUCAAUAUGAAGAAGUAGCUUGUACUCGUGUUUUACAACAAAGUAAUCCACAAUGGGAACAGUCAUUUGAUUUAGAAGUGGAUGGUGCAUGGACGAUAUGUUUUACAUUAUAUAUUCAUCAAGAAAUGUUUGCAGAAUUAGAAGUCCCUUUAGAUCAAGAAACACUUAAAACUAAUUCACGAAUAGAUAUGAAGAUAUUAACAAAUGAAAAUCCUCCACGUAAUCUAACCUUUUCCGUAUCUUUGGAAUAUGUUGAUCAAGUAAAUCUUAAUAAAAAUAGACGGUCUGAAAUACGUGGAAAUCUAUUCGGACGUCAUUUAGCAGAGCUUAUAAGGGUUCCAAAUGACAUCGAUAAGAAUGAGUGUACAAAAAAGCAUAAAUCUGAAGCUUUUAUACCCCGUUUUGUAAUCGCAUGUGUCGAAGAGAUUGAAAGGCGAGGAUUAUUAGUGGUUGGAGUCUAUAGAUUAUGUGGUUCCAAUGAUAAUAUCAAGGCUUUAAAAAGUGAAUUUGAUGAAAGCUGUACUUUAGCAAUUCAAAGAUUACCGCUUGUUGAAUUACCGGUAAUUACUAGCUUACUAAAACAGUUCUUUCAACAUUUACCAGAGAGUCUGGUUGAUUACACAGCUACUAUAGCUUUACUUCAAGCAGUUGAAAUUCCUGAUGAAUCCGUUCGUUGUCAACUCAUUGAAGAUAUCCUUGUCAAUCUUCCCACCCCAAACCUGGAAACAUUCAAUUACUUAGCCAAUCAUUUAGUCACGGUAAGUAAUUAUAAAGUGCAAAAUAAAAUGGAUUUAGGCAAUCUUUCAUUAAUAUGGAGUUAUACAUUGUUUGAAUGUUCAUCUAAAACCACCCAGUCUACUGAAAUGAAUGAACAAACUAAAAGCGGAUCUUUAUCGAAAUCAAACACAGCUGAAAUUCAAGCAGCUUUUAGUUUUCAACAGGCAAAAGUAUUAAACUGCAUCCUGACAUCAAUGAAAUCCGGAAAACUGACAAUACCAUCUCAUAGCAAUGUAAUUAGACCAGUAUAUUCAUAAAUUAUGAUAAACUUGAUGCUUUUUUUAUCCACAAAGCUGAAUGUAAUUUUUAUUGUUCGUUUGGAUACUUUUUAUUUUGCUUAUAAAUAGGAAUAACAAGAAUUUUGAUAUUUCUGCC